CCUCAAGUACAUAAUAAUGAUAAUAUUAUAGAAUUCAUAUUAUUUCAUAUUACAAAUUACAAUUAUUAUUCUGUAGUACUAUAAUGCCCCAUUAAAUUUUGAUUGAAUUUUUUGGCAGCUUGCCACAUAUAAUUUAGUUGUUAUAUCAAGCUUUAGUAUUCUUGUAUGUGAUAAAAUUUGGGUCAUAAAUAUAUAUUUAUAAUUUAUACACAAUAUAUUUAAUUUGUGCCCUGUAGUGUUUAAUACAAUAUUACUUUCAAUCAUUGCAAAUUUGUCAUGACGUCUUUGAAGCUACUACAAGCAUUAGUCACAAAAAAUAGAUCUUUUACUAAAAUAUUACUUAAACGGGAGUAUUAUUGUCUUAUUAUAAAUCGAUUAAAUCGAUUACAGUUAAAAAAUUCCUCAGCUCAACAUCAAAUAAAAUUCAACCCUUAUGAAAACCUCAACAUUCAUAAGUCUUCUAUGUUUAAACAAUUUUCUACUUCUAAUAAUCAAGCCGAAAUAGAUUUUGAACAGGCGUGCAAUGAAACAUUAGAAUCAUUAUGUGAAUAUUUUGAACAAAUUGUGGAAGAUAAUCCACAUCUUGAAAAUCCCGACAUUUUAUUCAGUGAUGGUGUUUUAACAAUUCAAUUAGGUGAACCAUAUGGCACAUAUGUUAUUAAUCGACAGACACCAAAUAAACAAAUAUGGUUGAGUUCACCAAUAAGUGGUCCAAAACGAUAUGAUUUUAAUGGUACAAAAUGGAUUUACAAACAUGAUGGUGUUAGCUUACAUGAAUUAUUGACUUCUGAAUUGUCUAAAGAAUAUUCAUUUAAUGUAGACUUUUCUAAAUGUAUAUUUAGUGGUACUUUUAGUAAUUAGUUUUAUUUUGUUGAAUUAUUUAUGAUAAUAUGAAUCUUAGAUUAUGUUGUUAAAAUUAAAGAUACAAUUUUAUUUAUACAGUUUAUCAAGGGUUUUAAAUAUUGAAUACUUGAUCAGAUCCAUGAUUUUGAAGAGUAUACCGAGUAUAGAUAUGAAUAGGUACCCAUAAUUGUUAUUUUUAUUUAUUUUACUGUACAUAAAGUUUAAAAUUGGAAUUUUGCUGAAUUUAAGUACUUUUUAUAUGUACUCUUAUUUGUCAUUAAACCUAAAAUUAUUUAUUUUAUAAUGUAUAUGGAAUAAACCCUUUGAUUUAAC